AUGAAUGAACUCGCGCAGUUAUUCAAUCUAGAAGCCCUCGACAAAUCUCUCAUGAGUUGCUAUUGCUUACUGAAGAUCAGUGAGUGCAAAAGUAAUAAUAUUAUCAAUGUUGGGUUUGUUGACCCAGAUAAAAUACAUGUUGAAACGGUGAAGCAUAAACGCGAAGAAACGGGGGGAAACCUACUAAGGUUUUUGGGGCAGCAAUAUUUCUGUGAUUCAAUAUUGUUUCCUUACAACUACGACUUCCACUGGAUUCUACUAGACAUUCAACCUGAUAAGGGAAUAGUUGAAGUAAGAGACCCACUGAGUAGAGGCCUGGACGGGUUCCAGGACUUGCAGAAGUUGCUCCAAGUGGCUUGGCAAGCUUUGAAGAAUGUUCAUAAGGACAUUACCUUUGCAAAGAAGCUAACAUUUACUCCUGUAGCGUGCCCCCAGCAGCCACAAGGGACGAAUCUAUGUGGAUACUACGUUUGCGAGUCCAUUCGCAUGUUAACCACCGAGAAGCGGAACAGAAAUAAAUUCGACUUUGCCAUGAUGGUUCUGAUGGCCGACAUAAGUUCCAGGGACCUUUGA